GGGUUUGUUGUCACCGUUAUUUCCAGGCGCAUGCGCGCUGCCACCUGUUUCCUCAUGAAUGUGUACCUGCGCUUCAAUCAACCUUUGAAAUUCGUUGUGCUGUGACUCAAGUGAGCGGAUCGAAACAUUUCCUCCAUCGGUCUGCUUUGGCGGAGCUAUCAAGCAGGCGUGUGGACGACCAAUAUACGCUCGUUUUGUUACAGGAACAAGCUUCCUGCGUGGAAGUUACGGAAGAGAAGGUAGGGCGCGCAAAAGUGGAUUAAUGGUGGGAGACGCCACAGGAACCUGUAGCCUAUAGGUACAAAAGUUUGUAGAAACCGUGAGGAGGGAGGAGAAGGAAACCAAAUCGUCUGAGUCUCCGUUAAAAUCGGCUACUCAACGAACACAUUCCACUAGCAAAUAUUUCAUUAGCUGUGUUACCUGUGUGGUUCAAUUUAGUGGUAGUUACGUAGUAUAGAGACUACAAUACUGUAGCAACCACAACAGUGUCGUGGACAGAGAUAGCGGAGAUCCACCUGGAGAACUCAGCAUGCCACGAGCAUUCCUGGUGAAAAAGCCCAGUGUUUCACCCGGCAAGAGAAGCUGGAGUGAUCUACCUGACCACAAGCGAGGAGACAUUUACAUACCAGUCUCGGUGUCCCCUCAAGCUCUAUGGGAGGAGUCAGAGGCAAGUACAGCUGAAGUGGCCCUGUGCCUGUCCACUCAUAAAGAACACAACAGAUGUACACGGAAAUACUUGCAAGAGCCCUAUACAGUGGUUUCUACAGCUGAACUGCCCUCCUCUACCGCUCUGGGACAGCAGCCCAGUCCUGAAACAGAGCGCAUACGAAGUGCACAAAGCAACACAUAUGUCCGCUCCAAGAUCAAGGUGACUACAGGUGAACUCCCCAUUGACUCUCCACUUAAUAUUCUGAACACAAAUGCUGAUCCUCCUGCCACUGUAGCAAACCCAUGUCCCACAAAAAGUUGUGGGACAUCUUCUGCACCUACCGUAGGGGGAACCUAUAUAUGUCAAGUGUGCCAGAAAGUGUUUCAGUAUCAACGCAUGCUCAACAGACACCUAAAGUGUCACAGUGAACAGAAACGGCAUCUGUGCAGCUUCUGCGGCAAGGGUUUUAAUGACACCUUCGAUCUCAAGAGGCAUGUGCGCACACAUACUGGUGUUCGUCCAUAUAAAUGUAAUUUGUGUGAGAAGGCCUUUACCCAGCGUUGCUCUUUGGAAUCUCACAUGAAGAAAAUCCAUGGUGUGACACAGCAGUAUGCCUACAAGGAACGGCGCACUAAGCUAUAUGUCUGCGAGGAAUGUGGCCACACUGCUUCCACCCAGGACACAUUGUUACGCCAUAUUCAUAAUCAACAUCCAAACAGUGCCUUCUUGCGGGCCAAGGGGGCACGUAGACCUUCGGGGGCAGCAGGUUUGGUUGCACGGGAGGAAAACUCCCUGCCUGGUUCUCCUUUAUCUCUGAACAGUGAUGAUACAACAGGUUCAGGAGGACGAUAGAAAGAGUUGAGGUUAAUUGAGACAAAAAAUAACAUUGUUUAAAAAAAUAAUGUCACAUCUGAAUAAGUGAAAAAGAGUGAAAAACAUUGACAGACUAGAUGAAAUGAUGAAUGAGAUUUACGCAGCAAUCAUAGUGAGAUUGAGUUUACACAUCCACUAUAGAAGAGGGCUGGUUCUUUGCUUUGAAAUCAAUAAACAGCUAAAUAUGGACUAUGCACUAGUUUAGUUUACAUCAAAGCUUAUUUUGAAAAACUUUAAAAAGUACACACUAUUAUGUAAAUAAUACUCCAUUUGCUCAGGGGAGAAACAAUAAAGAAUUCUAAAUAUUGUUAUAUUAAAAAUGUUAUAUAUUAUGUUCUUUUUUGUUGCAAGAUUUAUUGAAGAGGGGAUGGUGUUCAGUAAUUAUUGAUGUUUGUAAUAUAUACUGUCAAAUGUGUGAUGAAAUGUGUAUUUAUCAAGGUGGGUGUAAUGUUCUCUUGACAGAGUUAAGAUCAGUUAUUCCAGAUUAUACAAUAAUAAGAUAAAUAUUUGUACAUAAUAUAAAAAUAGAUUCACAUUUUCAUAUUCUUUAAUAUCCUCAAGAGUAAGAUAUGAGAUCACUACAAUUACUGUCUGAUAUUCUAACAGUACUAAUUCUGAUUUAUCUUCAGGCCUAAUUGUUUAACUGAUGGUACUGAUGUACUGUAUGGAAUUUUACUUCAUAACCUUUUUACAUUGAAUGUGCUUUCUAUAUAAAAUGCAAUAAACUUUUAUUUUAUAUUACAAA